CGGGAGUUGCUGGCCCCUGUGAAAUGCGUGCGGGCGACCCCGUGCCGGCCUCUUCCUCCCUGGGCCCGAACAAGAGGCGACCGGCUUCACGAUGCCUGGUGUAACAGUUAAGGACGUGAAUCAGCAGGAGUUUGUCAAAGCUUUGGGAGCUUUCCUCAAGAAGUCUGGCAAGCUAAAGGUGCCUGAUUGGGUCGACACAGUGAAGCUGGGCAAACACAAAGAACUGGCACCUUAUGACGAGAAUUGGUUCUACACCCGAGCUGCUUCCACAGUGCGUCACCUGUACCUGCGGGGUGGUGUUGGAGUUGGCGCCAUGACCAAGAUUUACGGCGGACGCCAGCGGAAUGGUGUGAAGCCCAGUCACUUCAGCCGUGGCUCCAAGUCUGUGGCCAGGAAGGUGCUGCAGGCUCUUGAAGGGCUGAAGAUGGUCGAGAAGGAUCCCAACGGUGGCCGCAGACUGACUGCACAAGGGCAGAGAGACCUGGACCGAAUUGCUGGUCAGGUUGCGGCAGCGAGUAAGAAACAUUGAAUGCGUGCGUCAUAUCCUGGAGAACAAUAAAAGCCUUCAGUUCUAA